AUGAAGGACAUCUGUGAGCAAUUCAAGAUAACCCACAGAUACUCUACCGGCUACCGGCCACAGAUAAAUGGAGCUGUAGAAGCUGUCCACAAGAACAUCAAAAGGAUCUUGAGGAAAAUGAUUGACAAUUACAAGAAUUGGCAUGUGCAGUUGCCUUAUGCUUUCUUGGGGUAUAGAAUGACAACCCGAACUUCCACCGGGGCAACCCCAUAUCGCCUUGUCUAUGGUACCGAAGCGGUCAUACCCGCAGAAAUGGAGAUCCCUUCACUCAAGAUCAUCCAACAGGCAGAGCUAAAUGAUGCAGAAUGGGUUAGAAAUCGUUACGAUCAACUAGCCAUGAUAGAUGAAAAGAGAAUGUUAGCGGUAAGCCACGGACACCUAUACAGACAAAGAAUGUCUCGAGCCUUCAACAAGCGGGUCAGAGCCCAACUUUUUCAAAUUGGACAACUCGUGCUCAAGCGAGUCUUUCCUCACCAAGAAGAAUACAAAGGAAAAUUUGCGCCAAACUGGCAAGGGCCUUACAUGGUCAGGAAAGUACUCUCAGGAGGAGCCGUAGUCCUAGCCUAUAUGGACGGACAAGAGUGGCCUAAAGCCAUCAAUACAGACACACUCAAGAGAUACUACAUUUAG